AUGGUUAAAAAAUAUGCUACCGAGAUAGGAAUGUAUUUCAGGAUAGCGCUGCGCAAACAGGAAUCAAUCCGUUCACAUCUUGUAGGAGUUGGAUCAGGGAAUGCAUACAGCGAGCUAGUCAAUUUCCAGAUUCAACGGAAAUUGAUUCAGUACAGGGCGAGAUUUGGUUCCGAAUCCGGUUUAAAGCUGAAUGUGAGAAGUGAAACUGAUGAAGUGCUGAAAAAUUAUAUGGAUGCUCAGUAUUAUGGUGAAAUUUCAAUCGGUACACCAGCCCAGAAUUUUAGCGUUGUUUUUGAUACCGGUUCAUCGAAUCUUUGGAUACCUUCCGUAAAAUGUCCCCUUUUAGAUAUUGCAUGCUUAUUCCAUAAUAAAUACAAAGGAACGGAAUCAUCAACUUAUAAACCGGACGGUAGAAAAAUACAAAUUCAGUACGGAAGAGGUUCAAUGAAAGGAUUCAUUUCAUUAGAUACCGUUUGUAUUGCCAAUAUUUGCGUUAAAGAGCAACCUUUUGCUGAAGCAACUUCAGAGCCUGGCAUAACAUUUGUCAUGGCUAAAUUUGAUGGUAUUUUGGGUAUGGCAUUUCCGGAAAUUUCGGUUCUCGGAUUAAGUCCAGUAUUUCAUACAAUGAUUAGUCAAAAAGUUGUCCAACAACCAGUAUUUGCUUUUUGGCUUGAUAGAAAUCCGAAUGAUGAAAUUGGUGGUGAAAUUACAUUCGGUGGUAUUGAUGCAAAUAGAUUUGUAUCACCAAUCACAUAUACACCCAUAUCGAAACACGGAUAUUGGCAAUUUAAAAUGGAUAGCAUACAGGGCAAACGUGAAGCAAUUGGUUGUGCUAACGGAUGUCAGGCAAUAGCGGAUACGGGAACAAGCUUAAUUGCCGGUCCAAAAAGUCAAAUUGAUAAAAUUCAACAAUAUAUUGGUGCGGAGUAUGUUUACGCCGGUGAAUAUAUCAUACCAUGCUAUAAAGUAUCAUCUCUACCGGAAAUUACAUUUGUUAUUGCUGGUAAAAGUUACACUUUAAAAGGAACAGAUUAUGUUUUGAAUGUGACAUCAAAGGGCAAAACAAUUUGCCUUUCUGGUUUCAUGGGUAUCGAUUUGCCGGAACGUGUGGGAGAAUUAUGGAUUCUUGGUGAUGUAUUCAUCGGACGUUACUACACUGUUUUUGAUGUAGGACGAUCUCAGAUAGGCUUUGCACAGGCUCGUGAUAGUACGGGUAAACCGAUCGGAAAACGAGUGCAUGCAUUUGUAUCACAGGAACAAGAAGAUGAUUCAUUAAAAUCAUCUAUAAUGAUUUAA